CCAUGUUCGCACAAUAUUCCAAGUCUUCGGUCGGUCGUCGCGAGUUUCGAGCUGCACGGUUCGUCAUUGCUUCUAUUAUUUCGCGCUCGGACGAACGUGAUUGUAGAUUUUUACCAUCGAUUACGGCUUGUCCAGUCAGAACCAUUGCGUUAUGAGUAAGAAAAUGGUGGCAGAAAGUGCAGUGAAUUAAGAAAAACACAGGCAGGUAGAGUGCAUGCGAAAAUGCACGAAGUUUGAGUGAAUUGCUGUGGUACGGACCUGAUUUGAGCUGUAUUCAAAUGUCGUCGUGAGCUUGCUAAAACUUCUUCCAUGUCCAAUUGGUUGAUAAAAUCUGCAAAGUGAUUGAUGGCAGCUUCCACGAUGAAUAUCAAAGAAAUUAUUGUGGUUUUAUUAUCCCGAAGCUGGAAUGGAGCACGAAUUAAAGCCGUGAAUUAAUGUAUGCAGUGCAGUCUAUUCGUUCCGGAACGUGCGCGGGUGGUAAUACCAUGCAGCUCGAGCAGAGAAGGAGCAUUACGACACAUUUUCCAGUGAUACAGUGUGCCGACCCGUAGGUGCGUGCUGGAAAGAAAGAACUGGAAACACCUUUAAAGAGCGAUGAAGUACCUCGAAACGCCGGACGAGUAGAAAAAGAAAACAAAUUAAAGACGAAUCCGGAGUUGCAACAGUGCCGGAGGAAGAGGUGGAAAGACGAACGACGGUUGGUUAGUGCUAACAUCCUGCCCUUUCUGUGUGUACCCGUCAGGACAGUGUCCCAUACGGGGGUUCCAACAUUAUACUAGUUGUGCAAUUGUAGCCCUUGGGAGCCUGUGGUAGUGGUGUUCCUCAUUGAGGUGUGUGUUGGUGAUAUUAGAAAUUUCUGAAUUAAACAGUUUCGCUAGUGUGCUGGAAUGUGUGCGCACAGAGCAAAGGAAAAGAAAAAAUAAACCGUUCGUGAUUUGUUAUGAAUAAAGUACUGCGAGUGUGUUUUAGUGGCAGUGUGGGUAAUUGAUUCAUACAGCAGUGAUCGCACGCAUACAAGUUUCAAUUCAUUCUUUCGAAGCAGCAGCGGCAGCAGUUUUGUGUAUACAUAUUCGCAGUCUAGUUAUGGAUUCAAUAUGGCUGUCGACACACGCAAAGCUCGUGUUGAGGAGCAAUUAAAAAUAAAAAUAGGCGAAGCGAAAAACCUCAUCGGUCGCAACGGCAACAACUGCGGAGCUUCCUCAUCAGCUUCAAAGGAAAAUCGUGACGUGUACUGUACGGUCGCUUUGGACCAGGAAGAAAUUUGCCGGACGCCGACGAUCGAACGUACACUGAGUCCGUUUUUCGGCGAAGUAUAUCAGUUCGAAAUACCACGACGAUUCCGCUACCUGUCGGUGUACGUAUGGGACCGGGAUCGGCAUUUGAAGCAGGACAAACCAUAUGGAAAGAUUGCGAUCAAACGGGAGGAUCUGCACCAGUACAAUCACAAGGAUCACUGGUUCCCACUCCGGCCCGUCGACGAAGACUCGGAGGUACAGGGUAUGGCCCACCUGGAGAUCACCGUCGACGACGGAGUGGGGAAUCUGAAGCAGACGCAAGAGUUCGACGAUUAUAACCACUUCCACGUGAACCAUUCGACGAACAAUAGUUCGUCGUCGUUCGGCAGUGUGCUGAGCAGCAACAGCAGUAGUGAUACGAAGGAGAACUCCGCCUCCCCGGAACAUCUGCAUCACUUUAUUCAGCAAGUAGUGCAAAAUUCUGUGAAUAGUACAAAAUUAAGGUUAGCUUCCGAGAGCAGGGGUUUCGAUGGAGUGAUCGGUGGAUUCAACGGGGGUGUUGGGUUCCAGAGGCAAAACAUCUGUGGCAGCAGCGACUUUGGCAACAACGUACAGCAGCAACCAUUCCGUAACAUUCUCGAAAGCAACCGGAGCUCGCGCAUCUCGAUCAAACUGACUGAGUGCAUGGAUUUGGCACGUAAAAAUGGACUCUGUGAUCCGUACGCAAUACUAACUGCUCACUAUUCAAAUAAGAAGAAGAUAUCGAAACGUACUAAGGGUAGGAAGAAGACGGUCAAUCCGGAAUUCGGUGAAACGGUCAGCUUCGAUCUGUGUGUGGACGCGUGUGGAAGUGACUCGAAAAGUGAUAGUAACAAUACCUACACGGUAGUCCCCCUGGGGGGAGCGGAUUUGUGUGAGGUUACGAUUACAUUCUGGCAUGACAGUCCCGGUAUGGGUGACGAUGUGUUUCUUGGUGAAAUUAAGCUGCCUGUGCGUGGCAAGCAGCAACUGAACGCAGUGCAGCAAAGUGCUUGGUACUAUUUGCAACCCCGGACGAGCCAUUCACGGCCAUCGCGAACCUGUGCUACUCCUCCCGGUACCCGGCUCUCUUGUGAUAACUCGCUUGGUUCACUCCGCCUCAAGCUAGAUUAUUCCGCCGAUCAUGUGUUCCCCCUAGCAACUUACGACCAGCUGUUGAAUAUUCUCAUCCAAUCGAUCGAUCAAAAACCCAUCACUUCCAGCGCAGUGCACAUCCUCGGUGAGAUCAUACAGAACAAAACGGAGGUCGCUCAGCCACUGGUCCGGCUGUUCACCUACACCAACCUGAUAGCGCCAAUGAUCAAAUCCCUAGCGGACCACGAGAUCUCAAAACUGACAGACCCAACGACAAUCUUUCGCGGCAACACCCUGGUCUCGAAGAUGAUGGACGAAGCGAUGCGACUUUCCGGGCUGCACUACCUGCACAAUACGCUGCGGCCGAUAGUGGCGGCGAUUUUUUCCGAGAAAAAACCGUGUGAAAUCGAUCCGGCUCGGGUCAAGGACAAAAGCAUGAUCGAUACCAAUCUGAUCAACCUGCAGGACUAUGUGGAGAAGGUGUUCGAAGCGAUCACCAAAAGUGCGGUCAAGUGUCCGGCGGUGCUGUGUCAGAUUUUCCACGAUCUGCGUGAAUGUGCGGCCAAGUACUUCCCGCAGAACAAGGAAGUUCGCUACUCGGUCGUAUCCGGGUUCAUCUUUCUGCGGUUCUUUGCGCCCGCAAUACUCGGACCGAAGCUGUUCGAUUUGACGACUGAGCCUGUGGACGAACAAACCACCCGUACUUUGACGCUAAUCUCCAAAACGAUCCAGUCGCUGGGUAAUCUGGUGAGUUCCCGAUCGGCUCAGCAACCGUGUAAGGAACAAUACACCGGCCAGCUGUACAAGAAGUUCUGCACCGAGAAGCAUGUCGACGCAAUCAAACACUUCCUGGAGGUGAUCUCCACGGUCGGUGCGAACAUUACCGACUGCGAAUCGACGGUGCUCGAACCGGUGGUUCUGAAAGAGGGGAUGAUGACGAAGCGGGCCCAAGGUCGGAAGCGGUUCGGGCGGCGAAACUUCAAGCAGCGCUACUUUCGGCUUACCACCCAGUCGCUCAGCUACGCCAAGGCGAAGGGAAAGAGACCACUCUGUGAUAUACCGCUGUCUGAGAUUUUGGCCGUCGAACGGCUCACCGAGAGGAGCUUCAAGAUGCAGAACAUUUUUCAGAUUGUGCGGAAGGAUCGUCCACUGUACGUGCAGACAGCCAACUGCGUCGAGGAGAAGGAAUGGGUCGAUUUGCUGAGCAAAAUCUGCCAGAGCAACAAGGCACGAUUGGAGCACUUCCAUCCCUGUGCCUACAUCAACGGCAUGUGGACCUGCUGCAACGAAUCGGACCAGUACGCAUCGGGCUGCCAGGCCGUCUCCCCGAAACCAUUCCAGAUGGAGCAGGCAACUGUACUGGACCCGGCCCGGGACCUCCAGCGGUUGCACUCACUCAUCAUCGUUAACUUCGGCAGUCUGGAGGAGCUGGACCCGGCGCUGACAGCGGCCUGUGAAGAUCCGGCGGCCUCCCGGCGGACCAUCAAACAGUUGAACGAGAUUGCCAACUCGCUCGAGCGGAUCCACCGAAAGUACAAGACGACGCUGGCGCGGGAAAUGCGGUACGGCAGCCGGCAGGCACCGAUCGGCGAUGACAACUACCUGCACACGUCCCGGCUGAUGGUGGCGGGCGGGAAUCUGGCUGUUACGGUAGCGGCUGCUGCCGCUUCCUACCUGCCGCAGCACUUCGAACGUUCACCAAAUCCAUUUCACCGCAACCACCAACUGCGGUCGUCCGACAACGAGCGUUUCUCUCAGUGUUAAGUUUUUUUUUAUAAUUGUAUGUGUUUUGUAUCCUAGGGUUAAUUAAUUUAUUUCUGUUUAAAAAAACAUUUUUCGUGUAUUUACCAUUUUUCGAAGAGCAAACGGAACUUCUCUAUGUUUACUCCUUUGGUUUCGCAAGCUUUAACAUAACCAGGUUCUUUUUUGUACAGAAAAGGAAACAAAAAAUAUUUAACGCGUUACGCACACUUCUUUUGUUUUUUUGUUAGUAAGACGAUUAAGCAAGUAAAAAAUGUACAGACCUUUGUGAACAAACAUUGCCUUUCGAAGCUUUUAGUAUCACCCAUCAUGCACAUGAUUUUUGUUUUCGUCCGAAUUAGAAAGUUUAGUUAGCGAAAAGGAAACAUCCCAAGCGUAAUCUCAUUCAAACAUUCGUCAUAAAAGUGUACUAGAUGUAGAAAAGAAUCACGAGAAGAACAAACACCUGAGCAAAUCGCCAAGAUAUUUAUGUACUAAUAAUGGAAUUCAACGCAAUUAAAGUAUUCCUCAUCUGAGACACUGCACCUAGGAAGACCGGUUGCUUCUGUCGAUAUCGGGAGUAGCUAAUCCUGACUGGGGGGCAGACGCUGAGAAGUUAUGCUUUGAUUUGGACAACUACUGUAGGUACAUUGAUUAAAUUCGCCCUUCAAGAUUCAAUAUUUGAGUCGAGAGGCGAGCUACAGUAAAAACUGGACUAACGAAAAUAAAAAAAAAGAUGCGAAACAAAACUACAAAAAAACGUAAUAUAAAUAACUAUUCUAAAACUGGGAACUAAAACAGUGUGUAUAUGGUUGAUGUAACCCUCCUGAUAAAAAAAACCCAAUCCGCACGCUAUAUGAGCAGAGAAGAAUGAAAGAUUGAAAAGUCCACACCGGAAUAUAUUUUAAAACUAUUUGUUAAGCCACAGCAAUGAUUUAUAUAAAUGAGGUAACAGAAAAACUGAUGCGAACAAAAUA